AUGUCAUCACUCACACCGAAGUGUUCUAGGCGCUCUCCUUUUAAAUCACCAGAUCGUCAUGGAAUACCUCUUCCACCAUUAGAUUUUGCUUCUCCAUCAAAAGAAGAUGAUGAAGAUGAAUGCGAAAUUGGUUCAAUUCCUACAUUACCACUGACUAGUGCGGUUCCAAGGAUUACUGGAGCGACAUUAGUUGAUAUGCUCUCUGGUGUAUAUGAUGAAUUCUUCGAAUCAUUGUUUAUCAUUGAUUGUAGAUAUGAUUACGAAUAUCAAGGUGGCCAUAUUCAAGGAGCAGUAAACAUAAACAAUCCUGCUCAGCUGUCUGAAGCAUUCUUUGAUGAUCCACUUCCUAGCGCUACAAUUGUAUUUCAUUGCGAAUUUUCACAUAACAGAGGACCAGAGAUGGCUUCCAUAUUCCGUGGAUUUGAUAGAGAACUUAACAAGUCGAGAUACCCAUAUUUAUACUAUCCUCAUGUCUAUAUUUUAGAUGGAGGUUACAAAAGAUUCUAUGCGGAGUAUCCUGAUUGCUGUGAUGGUGGUUACGUACCAAUGCUUGACAAGAAUCAUACAGUGAACGGUGAUCUUGUAAGAAGCACAUCACAGUAUCGUGAAAACAUGGAAAAUUUGAAUAGAGAGAUGAAUAAAUCUCUUGGUGAGCUUCCUGGUCAGCAUUCACACUUCAUGAGCCCAAUGGCUCCAUCAAUGCCCCAGUCACCGAUGCCUCAAUCACCAAUGGCAACAAAAAUGCUCAAUUUCUUGGCUAGCCCUGCGUUUAAGAGGAGCCCAUAUCAUAAUACUGAUUAA